AUGACAGACAACAAUAAUAAUCAAGAGGAUCCUUUACUUUUGGAGAAUCUCGAAGAAGAUGCAGCCCCAUAUUCUUUAAUGGAUUAUGCAAUGCCGUCAUUGAAGGGCACUGUUUCUAGCAUUAGGAGGCCAGCCAUUACAACAAAUAACUUUGAAAUUAAAUCUACGAUUAUUCAGAUGAUUCAGUCAGCCUACCAAUUCUGUGGUUUAGCCCACGAGGAUCCAAAUGCUCACAUUGGAAAUUUCUUGGAGAUAUGUGAUACAUUCAAGCAAAAUGGUGUCACAGACGAUGCAAUUAGAUUGAGACUGUUCCCUUUUUCAUUAAGAGAUAAAGCCAAGAAUUGGCUAAAUUCUUUGCCUGUAGAAUUUAUUACAGCUUGGGAUGCAUUGGCUCAGCGCUUUCUUGCUAAAUAUUUUCCUCCCUCUAAAACUGCAAGGAUGCGUAAUGAUAUCACUAAUUUUAUGCAGGUAGAUAGAGAGUUGUUAUAUGAAGAAUGGGAGCGUUAUAGAGAGUUGUUGAGGAAAUGCCCGCAUCAUAGAUUACCAAUUUGGUUACAAGUACAAACUUUUUAUAAUGGUUUAAUUCCUGCUAACCGUUCUAUGAUUGAUGUAGCUUCAGGAGGCACUAUAAUGAAGAAGACAGCAGAAGCAGCGUAUGAAUUAUUGGAUGAGAUGGCUUCAAAUAGCUACCAAUGGCUCUCUGAUAAAGUGUCACAAAGGAAGGCAGCAGGAUUAUAUGGAGUGGAUGCAAUCAUAACAAUUUCUGCUCAAUUGGAAGCGUUGAACAAAAAGAUUGAUAAUAUGAGUGCCCCAAUCAUGCAAGUGAAGAGCAUGAGUUGUGAUCUAUGUGGAGGAGACCAUCUUAGCAAUGAAUGUCAGGUAGGUAACCCUUUUGCUAAUUCUACUGAAAGUGCUAAUUAUGUUGGUAAUUUUCACAGGCAACAACAGGAUAAUCCCUACUCCAGUACUUACAACCCUGGUCGGCAGAAUCACCCCAAUUUUUCAUGGAGCAAUCAAAAUGCAGUGAAAUCACCACCUCCGGGUUUUCCUCAAGAAAAGAAGCCCAAUUUGGAGGAACUCGUGACGAAGUUUGUAAGCUCCACUGAAGUAAGAUUUCAGAAUCAAGAAGCUUUGAUCAGAAAUUUGGAGACUCAGAUGGGGCAAUUGGCAAAUUUAAUAUCAGGGACAACUCAAGGAACGUUGCCUAGUGACAUAGAGAAGAAUCCAAAGGAGCAUGUGAAGGUAAUUACACUAAGGCGUGGCAAAGAAAUUGGGCAUAAAGAGCAAGAGAAAGAGGAAGCACUGAAAGUGCAACCAUGCAACAUUGCUGAAAAGUUGUUUGACCCUAAGAAGAUAGUGAUUCAACCUCCUUUCCCUCUUGCAUUGAAGAAGCAGAAAGUUGAUUAG